UCGGGGGCGGGGGCGGGGCUCCCGCGCACGGCUGCAGCGGCCUCCGCGCAUUGUGCAGCAGGCGGGCCGCUGCGCUGCCAGGCCCUGGACCCGCGUGGCGCCUGGGGAUGGUCAGCAAGGCGCUACUGCGCCUCGUCUCCGCGGUCAAUCGCAGAAGGAUGAAGCUGCUGCUGGGCAUCGUGCUGCUCGCCUACGUCGCCUCUGUUUGGGGCAACUUCGUGAACAUGAGCUUUCUGCUCAACAGGUCUCUCCAAGAAAAUGGUGAAAUAAAGCUUGAAAGCAAGAUUGAAGAGAUAGUUGAACCUCUAAGAGAGAAAAUCAGAGAUUUGGAAAAAAGUUUCACCCAGAAAUACCCGCCUGUCAAAUUUUUAUCAGAAAAGGAUCGGAAAAGAAUUUUGAUAACCGGUGGAGCAGGAUUUGUGGGUUCCCAUCUCACGGACAAACUCAUGAUGGAUGGCCACGAGGUGACUGUGGUGGACAACUUCUUCACAGGCAGGAAGAGAAAUGUGGAGCACUGGAUUGGCCAUGAAAACUUUGAAUUAAUUAACCACGAUGUGGUAGAGCCCCUCUAUAUUGAAGUUGACCAGAUCUACCAUCUGGCCUCUCCCGCCUCUCCUCCGAACUAUAUGUACAACCCUAUCAAGACGCUGAAGACCAAUACAAUUGGGACAUUAAACAUGCUGGGACUAGCCAAACGUGUUGGAGCCCGUCUUCUCCUGGCUUCUACUUCGGAAGUGUAUGGAGAUCCUGAAGUCCACCCACAAAGUGAGGAUUACUGGGGCCACGUAAAUCCCAUCGGACCCCGUGCCUGCUAUGACGAAGGCAAACGUGUUGCAGAGACCAUGUGCUAUGCUUACAUGAAGCAGGAAGGCGUGGAGGUGAGAGUGGCACGGAUCUUCAACACCUUUGGGCCUCGCAUGCACAUGAACGACGGACGCGUCGUCAGCAACUUCAUUCUGCAGGCGCUACAGGGGGAGCCACUCACGGUAUAUGGAUCCGGGUCCCAGACAAGGGCGUUCCAGUACGUCAGUGACCUCGUCAAUGGCCUGGUGAUGCUCAUGAACAGCAACGUCAGCAGCCCUGUCAACCUGGGGAACCCGGAAGAGCACACGAUCCUAGAGUUUGCUCAGUUAAUCAAAGGCCUCGUUGGGAGUGGAAGUGAGAUCCAGUUUCUCUCAGAAGCCCAGGAUGACCCCCAGAAGAGGAAGCCGGACAUUAAAAAGGCGAAGCUGAUGCUGGGCUGGGAGCCUGUGGUCCCCCUGGAAGAAGGUUUAAACAAAGCCAUUCACUACUUCCGUAAGGAACUCGAGUACCAGGCAAAUAAUCAGUACAUCCCCAAACCAAAGCCCGCAAGAAUAAAGAAAGGACGGACACGCCAUAGCUGAGAAGCUCACUCCCAGGAUAGGAGAUGCCCUGGUUCACACUUGAUGAGAUAUAUUUUUUAUUCUUUUCAGGUUUUUUGUGUUUGUUUGUUU